AUGAAUCUCCAUAGCAUAUCUCUGAGUUUUCUAUUUGCCAUUUUUGCUGUUUUGGCAUCCACACAUAUCACAAAUUCAAACCCAUCAUUCCUCAAAUAUCUUAUUCGUUUUAGUCUCACCUUUUUCUCAUCAUCUCCAAUCACUGCAACAGUCAUCGCAUACAGCAGUGGAGGGCAUCAUCACCAGUACAAUAGACACAAUAAUGAGGGGAAGAUAGUUACUCCGUGCGAGGGAUUUUCACCCGACUUUCCUAAGGACACUAACACAACCUCGUAUCUUUGUGUUGAUCCAAAUGGGUGUUGUAAUUUUACAUCGGUGCAAGCAGCAGUUGAUGCUGUUCCAGAUUUCAGCCAAAAUAGAACCAUUAUAUGGAUCAAUACCGGCGUUUACUAUGAGAAAGUUACUGUUCCAAGAACCAAAACGAAUGUGACAUUCCAAGGACAAGGCUUUACUUCAACUGCAAUUGCAUGGAAUGACACUGCCAAUUCUUCACAUGGCACAUCAUUUAGUGGCUCCGUUCAAGUUUACUCCACUAACUUUAUUGCCAAGAACAUAACCUUCAUGAAUGUGGCUCCUAUUCCAAACCCUGGUGAUAUUGGAGGACAAGCAGUAGCACUUAGGAUAUCUGGAGAUCAAGCAGCGUUCUGGGGUUGUGGAUUCUUUGGAGCCCAAGACACCCUUCAUGAUGAUAAGGGCCGACAUUACUUCAGAGAUUGCUACAUCCAAGGUUCCAUUGAUUUCAUCUAUGGCAAUGGAAGGUCAUUCUAUCAGAAUUGUGUAUUGAUUUCCCUGGCAAACCCAGUAGAUCCAGGAUCGACAGGCAUAACUGGAGUUAUUACAGCUCAAGGCAGAGGUUCCCAGGAAGAGAAUACUGGCUUUGCAUUCACCAACUGCACUGUGGGUGGCAAUGGAAGAAUAUGGCUAGGUCGAGCAUGGAAGCCAUUUGCACGUGUUGUUUUUGCCGACACAUCAAUGUCGGAUAUCAUUGCUCCAGAGGGUUGGAAUGAUUUCAAUGACCCUGCAAGUGACAAGACUGUAUUCUUCGGAGAAUACAAUUGCUCAGGUCCUGGUGCAAAUAUGACCAUGAGGCCUCCUUAUGUUAUGAGACUCAAUGACACACAAGCUUCUCCUUUCCUUAAUGCGUCUUUUAUUGAUGGGGAUCUAUGGCUUCAACCCUACACUUAG